AUGAUGAAGAACUUUCUCGUCAACAGCGGAGUUGACUCAAUAGAGGUUGAAGAGCAGUACACGAAGUAUGCAGAGGAAUCUAGGAAGGACCGGUAUAUCACAAUCACUCUUUUCCAGCUGGAGAAGAAAUUUGGCAAGGGGAAGGAAGCACAGAAAUUUAUUGCUGAUCUUGUCAAAGGCCAGAAGGGGACGCCUCACCCUCAAAGUGAUCAUCCCAAGGCCCGCAUGUUCAAAGUCCUCAAGGAUGUGCUCGAGGAAAAGGCGAUGGGCAGUCGAGGUACCACCAGCUUGAAGGUUGGUGGCCGUGUGAGGUGUGCAGAAGCCAAAAAACUCCUAGCUAAGGAGUUGAACAAGAGUUGGAAGAGAAGACAACCCUUGUAG